CAUAUUUGUGAAGGAAGAGAAGCAUAUCUGGAAACUGAAGAAGAAAUACAGAAGCAAACACUACUUACAACUUGCUACAAAAACUAGUGUAGUAGCAGUAUUGUAAAUUUGCAGCAGCUGCAGAAGGGAAGAAGAAAGCCAAGUAAGAUAACAGAGACUUGCCAUCAACAUCAUCAAUAUCGGCGGCAGGAAGGGGGUUGGGGUGGCCUAUGGCGCUGCUGCAGUUGGAGUCUCUUCCAACUUGUUCCCUCUCUUCCUACCUCCCAGCAACAGCCACCCCUUGCCUCUUCCCACCCCACCGUCCCCGACCACCACUGCUUCUCCACUCUUCAGCUCAUUAUUCUUCCUCUGACAAACUUCUAGUACAACUACCGCCACCACUGCAGCAGCAACCCUUCCUUGGCCCCCUUAGGAGUCGGAGGUUCCGCACCCUUGCUUCCUCCUCUUCCUCCUUGGGAAGUCUUUUUGGUGGCAUUUUCAAGGGCACCGACGCCGGCCAGUCCACCCGCACCCAGUACGCCGAUACCCUCGCCCUCAUCAACCGCUUGGAGCCCCAAAUCUCCUCCUUGUCCGAUUCCCAGUUGCGGGAAAGGACUUUCCUCUUGCAACAACGGGCUCGUCUGCCGGAUUCCUCCUUGGACUCCCUCUUACCCGAAGCAUUUGCUGUCGUGAGGGAGGCCUCCAAAAGGGUUCUAGGACUUCGACCAUUUGAUGUCCAAUUGAUAGGUGGUAUGGUCCUUCACAAAGGAGAAAUAGCUGAAAUGAGGACAGGUGAAGGAAAGACACUCGUUGCUAUAUUGCCCGCAUACUUGAAUGCACUGACUGGGAAAGGAGUGCACGUUGUUACUGUGAAUGAUUAUCUGGCCCGAAGAGAUUGUGAGUGGGUUGGUCAAGUUCCUCGAUUUCUAGGACUCAAGGUCGGCCUUAUCCAGCAGAACAUGACAAGUGAACAAAGGAGGGAAAAUUACUCAUGUGAUAUCAUAUAUGUCACAAAUAGCGAGCUGGGUUUUGAUUACUUGAGAGAUAAUCUUGCCACGAACGUCGAUGAGCUUGUACUCAGAGGCUUCAGCUACUGUGUCAUUGAUGAGGUUGAUUCUAUCCUAAUUGAUGAAGCAAGGACUCCUCUCAUCAUAUCAGGACCCGCUGAAAAACCAAGUGAUCGGUAUUAUAAAGCUGCAAAGAUAGCUGCUGCUUUUGAGAGAGAUAUACAUUACACUGUUGACGAGAAACAGAAAACUAUUCUACUUACUGAACAGGGUUAUGCAGAUGCAGAGGAAAUUCUGGAUGUGAAGGAUUUGUAUGAUCCCCGAGAACAGUGGGCAUCAUACAUUCUGAAUGCUAUAAAAGCCAAAGAACUUUUUCUUAGAGAUGUCAAUUAUAUCAUCCGCAGCAAAGAGGUUCUCAUAGUUGAUGAGUUUACAGGUCGAGUCAUGCAGGGGAGGCGUUGGAGUGAUGGCCUUCACCAGGCAGUUGAAGCGAAAGAAGGCUUACCUAUUCAAAAUGAAACUGUAACCCUGGCUUCAAUUAGCUACCAGAACUUCUUUCUUCAGUUCCCAAAACUCUGCGGCAUGACUGGAACUGCUGCUACUGAGAGUACUGAAUUUGAGAGCAUAUACAAGCUCAAGGUUACAAUUGUACCAACAAACAAGCCAAUGAUAAGAAAGGAUGAAUCAGAUGUAGUGUUCAGGGCAGCUAAUGGAAAAUGGCGGGCAGUUGUUGUGGAGAUAUCCAGAAUGAACAAAACAGGUCGCCCUGUUCUAGUUGGUACAACAAGUGUUGAGCAGAGUGAUGCGCUGUCAGAACAGCUUCAUGAAGUGGGGAUCCCACAUGAGGUACUAAAUGCAAAACCAGAAAAUGUGGAGAGGGAAGCCGAAAUUGUUGCACAAAGUGGUCGUCUAGGUGCAGUUACAAUUGCAACUAAUAUGGCAGGUCGUGGAACGGAUAUUAUCCUUGGCGGCAAUGCAGAAUUUAUGGCAAGACUAAAGUUACGUGAGAUAUUAAUGCCAAGAGUUGUUAAACAUGCUGAAGGAGUUUUUGUUUCUGUGAAGAAACCUCCUCCAAAGAAGACAUGGAAGGUGAAUGAAAAUUUAUUUCCAUGCACACUGUCCAAAGAAAAUACUGCAUUGGCCGAGGAAGCUGUGCAGCUAGCUGUCAAAACUUGGGGUCAGAGAUCGUUGAGUGAGCUUGAAGCAGAGGAAAGGCUCUCUUAUUCUUGUGAAAAGGGCCCUGUUGAAGAUGUGGUCAUUGCAAAGCUGCGGAGUGCCUUUCUGGAAAUUGUUAAGGAAUAUAAAGUUUACACUGAGGAAGAGAGGAAGAAGGUGGUGUCAGCUGGUGGAUUACAUGUAGUGGGUACUGAACGUCAUGAGUCACGCCGAAUUGACAAUCAGCUGCGUGGUCGAACUGGCAGACAAGGAGAUCCUGGUAGUUCCCGCUUCUUUCUUAGCCUUGAGGAUAAUAUAUUUCGCAUCUUUGGUGGAGAUAGAAUCCAGGGUCUGAUGAGAGCUUUUAGAGUUGAGGACCUACCAAUAGAAUCCAAAAUGCUGACAAAAGCUUUAGAUGAAGCUCAGAGGAAAGUCGAGAACUACUUCUUUGACAUUCGGAAACAAUUAUUUGAAUAUGAUGAGGUUUUGAACAGCCAAAGGGAUCGUGUCUACACAGAAAGAAGACGGGCCCUAGAAUCUGAAGAUCUCCAAUCUCUUCUCGUUGAAUAUGCCGAACUGACCAUGGAUGACAUCCUAGAGGCAAACAUUGGUUCUGAUGCUCCAAAGGAAAGCUGGGAUCUUGAAAAGCUCGUUGCAAAACUUCAACAGUACUGCUAUCUUUUGAAUGACUUGACUUCUGAUUCAUUGGCAACCAAAUGCACAAAUUAUGAGGAAUUGCGGGACUACCUUCGCCUUCGGGGGACUGAAGCUUAUUUGCAAAAAAGGGCUAUGGUGGAGGAACAAGCUCCAGGCCUGAUGAAGGAAGCAGAAAAAUUCCUGGUCUUGAGUAAUAUUGAUCGGCUGUGGAAAGAACACUUGCAAGCACUCAAGUUUGUUCAGCAGGCUGUAGGUUUACGUGGAUAUGCACAACGGGAUCCACUGAUCGAGUAUAAGCUUGAAGGAUAUAACCUCUUCAUUGAGAUGAUGGCACAGAUAAGAAGAAAUGUUAUAUAUUCCAUAUACCAGUUUCGGCCAGUGUUGGUGAAGGAGCAAGAUCAGGGAGAACAGACAAGGGCAGACAAGCUCGAUUCAAAUGGAAAGGUAACUGAUAAUAGCAUGCCCAAAGCAGCUGGUGCUGCUAAGCCCUCGCUAUAGCAUGUCAGGCUCUGGUGAAGACCGAUCGAGGAAACUUGAAAAGGAUCGGACAGCAUAUCGAUGUACAGAAGUGUGGUUAUUCUUACGACACGACCUAUUGUAAAUGCAGAAAACACGGAAAGAGGCAUCAGAUUUUAAUUAGUAGACUCAGCGUUAUGUUCCAAGAGAUUGAAAAUUUGAAAAACCGGAGGAUCAAAAGUGGCAUCAUGAUUUCUCUUCUUGAUAUAUGCCAUUUCUCGGCAUUCAAAGUUCUAUUUGGAGCUCCAAAUAGUCAGGAAAGACUAUUUGCAAUAACAAAUCAAGACCCCGGGACCUGUUGUCGAGUACCAA